CUGUCAAAAUCCAGCCGUCAAAAUAAAACAAAAUCGCACGUGGAAAAUACUGAACAAAACAAGAAAAUUUCAUAGUUGAUUUUUGAAGUGAAAUUCAGUUUAAAAAUGGGUAAAAACAGUAAGAAUAAGAAGAAGAUGAAGGGAGCUGAGAAGACAAGCCUCAAAACUGAGAAAAAGAUGUUGCUGAAGCAGAAGAGGAUGCUGGCAAAGAUUGGCGAGGCUGACAUUGAGGAACUCCUGGCUAAAUACAAAGUUGAUCCUACGAAGAAGGAAACAGCAGCAACUGAAAUUGAAUGUCCAGCACCAUCUCCCCGUGUCAAUUUCACUGUAGUCACCCAUCCGACCAAGGAUCAGUUGAUCUUCUUCGGUGGGAACUUUUACGAUGGCAAGAAGGCGGAAGUCUAUGAUGAUCUCUUCAUGUAUAACAUUGCCAAGGACAGUUGGACUGUCCUGCGAGGUGGAGACAAACCCCUUCCUCGUUCUGGCCAUCAAAUGGUAGCCACAGCAACGGAUGGAGGGCAAUUGUGGAUGUUUGGUGGAGAAUACUCAAGCCCUUCACAAUUGCAAUUCCAUCAUUACAGUGAUCUCUGGGUGUUCAGAAUCAAGGAACGUCAGUGGGAGAAAAUCCCAGCAUCUGGUGGUCCAUCAGCUCGCAGUGGACACAGGAUGGUGCUGCUGAAGAAGCGUCUCUUUGUCUUUGGUGGCUUUCACGAUAACAAUCACAGCUACAAGUACUUCAAUGAUGUUCACUUCUUCUCCCUGGAAGAUUACAAGUGGAUUAAAAUUGAUGUAGCUGGAGUAGCUCCUCCGCCACCAAGAUCCGGAUGCUGCAUGACCACAACCACCAGUGGUUCCAUUCUCAUCUGGGGUGGCUAUAGCAGAGCCCCAAUGAAGAAAGAUGCUGACAGGGGUAUAACUCAUUGGGAUUCCUAUUCCCUCACGCCAGAUAAACACGAUCCCAAGGGGCUCAGCUGGAAGUGGGUGAGUAUCAAGAUGGGCGGAGUGCGUCCUCCACCUCGAAGUGGAGUGAGCUAUGUUGUAGCCCCAAAUGGAAAGCUCUACACAUUCGGUGGAGUAAUGGAUACAGAAGAGGAUGAAGAAAGCAUUACUGGACAAUUCAGCAAUGAAUUGCAUUCCUUUGAUGCUGAGAAUCGUGUCUGGAGGAAAGUUGCAAUUGCUCAGCCGGGAAAGUCUCAAGCAACCGAUGAAGCCAUGGAGGAGAAAGUCAUGACCUCAGCUGGUGCCUUUACCGUUACAGUUGCAGGAAAGAAAACAAAGUCCGGAGAGAAAUUUUCAGGAAGUGCAACAUCGGAACCUGGUCCUCGGAGUCACUGUGGCUUGGCUGUUUGCAAAGGAACCCUCUUCCUCUUUGGGGGGAGUCUCGAAGAAGGCACUAAAGACAUUACCCUGGGGGAUUUCUAUUCCCUGGACCUGCAAAAACCAACCGAAUGGAAGACAAUAAUUGAAGACAAAACUAAUAAAAUGGAAUGGAUUGGUUCAGACAGCGACAGUGACUCUGCAAAUGAGUCUUCUGGGGAUGAAGAUGACUCAGAUGAAUCUGAUGAUGAUGACUCUGGCUCUGAAAUGGACACAAAUUGAUGAAAUAAAGUCCCCCCACAACUCCCAAA